ACUAAAAUAUAUAUAAAUACAUAUUAUAAAAUAAAUAUUAACAGUAAUUAUAUGAUGAAACAUGUUACUAUUGAUAGUUUUAUGAAUAUAUUUUUUAUGGAUUACUCAAACAGACAUAAAAUAUAUAUAUCAAAUAUAUACUAAUUGAACAAAUAUAUUAACACAAAUAUAUCAUAAAACAUUACAUUAACAUAAAUCGAAGCCAGAGAGUAAGAGUCAAUAUUUUAAUUGUUUAAAAAUAAAAUUAUAUAUAUAAAUUAUAAAAAAAUUAAGAACUAAAUAUAUUAAAAAUAUAUAUCAAAAUUAAAAUAAUAAAUAUUUACAUUUCUAAUGCGAAUAAUGAAAUUAAAUUUUAAAUUUAAAAUAAGCCAUAGACAAAACAUCAAAAAGUAUCUAAUAAUAUGUGAAUAACAAAAGCAAACUAACUAAAUAAACAAUUGUAUUUUGUUGCAAACGUAAAUCAUUAAUUUGUAAUAGACGUAUACAUAUUAUUGAUGCAUCCACUCAAAUAUUAAUCCAUUAACAAGAUGGAAUUUUAGUUGGACUAAAAUUGUAUUAAAAUUAGAAUAUCAAUUUCAUAAUAUAUUCUCUAUUCAUCUGAACGUUCAUGAAUAUAUAUUACAAUACUCUAAAUAUAAUAUUAAAUCAAACUUGAUUACAUAUUGAGUCAUCUAUCAGUUCAACCGAUAACCAGAUCUCGGGUUUUAGCGGUUGUUACGGGUUUUAUAGAAUUUUUAAAUAACAGUUUUUUUUUGAAAACUAAAAUGAAUUACAUAUGAACCACCGAAUUUGGCAAUUUAACUGCGGGUCGGAUCGAGUUAGGUUUCAAAACAUUGAAUAUAAUGUUUCAUUUGUAAUAUCUAAGUGUAGAUACAAUUAAAAUACAAAUUUAUAUCAAAUAAAUUUGGAAUGUUUCGAAAAUAAUCCCGCGCUUUGAAAGCGCGGGUCAAAAUCUAGUAGAAUACUUAAAACAAACAAAUUAUUUUGAUUUGAUGUUUUUUUGGUCAAUUUUAUUUAUUUAUUUUAAAAAAUAUUAUUUAUUUGAUGUUUAAAAAGAAUUGUGUAAAUGGCUGGCUAAAUGAGUCGUAUACUUGUUGAAAGAAAGCAGUGAAACUUCGAAGUUGACGCGCGUCCACGGUUGAUUAGCCUUUGAAGAUGGCGAUUACAAACUGUCUCUGCCAGCAUAUAAUUUUUUUUAUCUGUUAGAGCAUUUUAAUGGACGAAUUUCUUAAUUGAUCUUAUAAGUAAAAUAUUUCUUUUAAUUUAGUUUAAUUUUAAAUUAUAAAAAUAAAACCAAUAAUUUUUAAACAAACGAUAGAUGGUUUUUCAUAUAACAAAUCCCCUUCGAGAGAGAGAAAAAAGACAAAAAAAAAAAAAACAAAUCCCCUUCGUUUUCUCUCUUCCAUUUUUUCUACAUUUAAUAUAAUAACUUGUUAAGAAAUUCCCAUUCGGAAUGCAUAUACCCGUCGAUUGUGUCAACUACUCAAAUAUUACAUCAUAUUGAAAAUGAUACGUAUAAAAUUCGAUUGUGGACUGACUAGUUAAUUUUUUCCGACUAAAAUUAAUUUUAAAUAAUUAUUCAACUACUCAAAUUACAGUUUAUUAUAUACUUAUCAACAAAAAUUAUUAUUAUUAUAUACACGUCAAAAAUUAUAGCCCAAACAAGAUAGAUAAAUUAUCUCAGCAUAAAGAAUAUAUGACGGCAUGACUAUUACCAGUCCAUUGGUUGGUACUUGGUACAAAAAUAUAUGAAAUUACAUUAUUUGUUAAAUAAAAAGCAUAAAGCCACCAACACAUCUAUAUAAACACAUCAAUUCAAGAAACCAAUCUCAUCUUCCAAUACCUUCAAACACAAACCUCACGGUUUUCAAAACGUUUGGCCUUAUAAUGGCUUUUCGAGUUUAUCUUCUGACAUUUGUGUUCCUAUGCAUAUUCUUGGCAUCGACCGUUUCCGGGUAUAACUCAAAACACGUGAAAGCGUGGUGCAGCAAAACUCCAAACCCCAAACCAUGCGAGUAUUUCUUAACCCACAACUCCGACCAAAAACCAAUAAAAUCUUUGUCCGAGUUCCUCAAAAUCUCAAUGAAACUAGCUCUAGACCGAGCCAUCCUCGCCAAAUCCCACGCAUCCACACUAGGACCGAAGUGCCGCGACACACGUGAAAAAGCUGCAUGGGAAGAUUGUCUCAAGCUCUACGACUUCACCGUCUCUAAAAUCAACAAGACGAUGGACCCAGACACGAAGUGCUCUAAAACCGACUCUCAAACAUGGCUCAGCACGGCUCUAACCAAUCUCGACACUUGUAAAGCCGGGUUCUUAGAGCUAGGUGUUACCGAUUUUAUCCUUCCUUUGAUGUCAAACAACGUCUCAGAUCUUAUAUGCAAUACACUUGCCAUUAACAAAGUUCCUUUCAACUACACCCCACCGGAGAAAGACGGGUUCCCUUCGUGGGUCAAACCCGGUGACCGGAAGCUUUUGCAAAACUCAACACCUAGAGAUAACGUGGUUGUGGCUAAAGAUGGGUCUGGUAAUUUCAGAACGAUUAAAGAAGCGAUCAACGCUGCUUCGGGGAGUGGUAGGUUCGUGAUAUAUGUGAAGCAAGGCGUUUACAGUGAGAAUCUCGAGAUACAAAAAGAUAAUGUCAUGUUGAGAGGUGAUGGUAAAGGGAGAACGAUUAUCACCGGAAGCAGAAGUGUUAGAGGAGGAUCGACCACGUUUAAGUCAGCUACUGUCGCGGCUGUCGGAGACGGGUUUAUAGCACGUGGAAUAACGUUUAGAAACACAGCGGGAGCGAACAAUGGACAAGCAGUAGCUCUAAGAUCCGGAUCGGAUCUAUCCGUUUUCUACCAAUGCAGUUUCGAAGGUUACCAAGACACACUAUACGUUCACUCUAACCGCCAAUUUUACAGUGACUGCAAUGUAUACGGAACAGUAGAUUUUAUAUUCGGAAACGCAGCCGCUAUUUUCCAAAACUGCAACAUUUUUGCACGUCGUCCACCUGGUCGCACCAACACAAUCACUGCCCAAGGAAGAUCCUAUCAGGAUCAAAACACUGGUAUUAUUAUUCACAACUCUCGUGUCACCGCAGCUUCGGAUCUCCGACCCGUUUUAGGAUCCACCAAAACUUAUUUGGGUCGACCAUGGAGACAAUAUUCUAGGACGGUGUUUAUGAAGACUUCUCUUGAUAGUCUGAUUGAUCCACGUGGAUGGCUUGAGUGGAACGGUAACUUCGGUUUGACAACUUUGUUUUACGGUGAGUUUCAUAAUACGGGUCCGGGUGCUUCGACUUCAAGUCGGGUCACAUGGCCUGGAUUCCGGGUCAUUCGUUCUGCCACUGAGGCUUUGCAGUUUACUGUUGAUAGUUUCAUUGCUGGUAGCUCUUGGAUUCCCUCAUACGUGCCGUUUACUUCUGGUCUUUAAAGAAAUAUAUCUGAUUAAUUCAAAUAUUAUAUGAUGCAAAUUGUAUAUAUACGCAAUUGAUUGGUCUAUUACAGAGAAUAAAUAUUGUUUAGUAAGAUUGGAAACUCCCGUAUAAUUAUAUAGUAGUUCCAUAAUUUUGUUUUUUCUUCAAUUAUAUUGUAUUUGCAUUUCUAAAAUACUUUAUUACAUGAUUAUUAUUUUUUUGGUAAAUUGUAAAUUACAUGAUUAUAAAUUAAGGAAUCUUCAAAGCUACUAUAUAUCAGUUAUACAUAUACUUACCAAGACUCUGGUGUCGGAAUGUCCUAGUGAUCGUAUGAGAUUCACAAUACUGCUGCCCAUUUGGCCAUGUGUGUAUAAUACUAAAAAUAAAAAGUCACAUCAUCUGGUUAGUUUUUAUGUACUGGAUAGAUCCAUAAUAGCCAGUCUUUAGUGGACAUCCCUCCAUCUAAACACCAAAAAGAACGAUUAGAGAAUUUCGAGCUGCGGCUUUUUCUCUCUCUCUCUUUCUCUCACUGCAAAGUAGAUCUUAUCGUGACUGAGUUUUGGUGGCCGGCGGUUUGCUCCCGACGCCGUCGGUCACCUCCCCCCCCUUUUUUUUUCUUUUCCUUCUUCUCUCGUCGCUCAUCUCCCUCAUCUUCCUGGCUUCUUUGCUGUCCUGUUCUGAGGCUUUCGCCACCGCGGUGUAGAUCUGGCGUUCUCUGCCUUGGAGUAGCAGCGAGGCUAGGUGAUGGGGCUCUGGUUAGCGAUUCCUUGGGUUGAGUUCUGUGGCGGCUGAAGCUUAGAUCUGGUGUCAGAUCUAGUUUGACGGAAGCGGGUUCCCUCCUUCCUCGUCUCCUCGUCUCCUCCUUCUCCUCGGGGGUACCGCCUUUCUUGGUCCGUGCCGUUGUUGGGGUCCGAUGGCGUACACGCUUAGAUCUGUGAGGCGGUUCCUGAAGGACUCAUCGGAGAGCUGUCGGUUCUGUGUGGGUUGACCUGUUGCGGGUUCUCCGCCGCGGGCGCGUGUGGGGAUGAGCAUCGUCGGUCUUGUCAACCAUGGUUCUUCUUUCCCGGUGGCAGCACGUGUUGUUUCCGGCUAGUUUCAGGGCUGGAUCUAGGGCUUGUUCCUGACCGUUUUCGACUCAAAGCGGUGCUAGCUUGGUUCUGUCUUCUUCAUUGCAGGUUCGGUGGUGUUCGUGGCGUCUCUGGUGGUCUUUCUCUCCAAAUAAAGCUUUUCUACUGUCUUUGCGGGUGCGCUUUGCUCGAGUGUUGCUCUUUGUCCAUGGUGGCUGCCGAUAAGAAGGCCUUUCACGAGCUGUUCUUGAGGAGCCAAUCAUUAAGAACUGAUCACCGGGUAUCGCCAAAUCUACCGGGUUCAGUUCUCGGGUUAACUGUGGUUCUAAAUUUUGCGGCAAGUGUUUUGUGCUGAGUUUGGUGUAGCCUUUGGUAUUGUUGUUGCGCUUGUAGUUUUGGCCUUGUGUAGCUUUAGAUUGAGUUGGUGUUUAGUUUCAAUUCUUGCAUCUUCUGUUUCUAGUUUCCUUUGUAGUUCUGUUUCAAAUUUGAAAAGGGUAAUAAAUCUUAACAUUGUUA